AUGAUCCGCGCCUGUUUACCCGCUAUUCGCCGCUACAGCACCUCGCCGAUCCAGCGCCCGUCGGCCGCGUACUUCCAGCAGAUGGGCCACCAGCCAGACCCCAACCAGAAACAAGACGAGUCCAAGGAGGAGAGCGAGCUCAAGAAGGCCCUGACAAGACGGUCGUUGCGAAUGACUGUCUGGCAGAUGUUUCUAAUCACAUUGGCGGGAUCGUCCGUGCUAAACAUAAUGAGAGAAAAGAAUUAUAUUGAGGAGAUGAACGAUAAUUAUCAGCAGCGGUUCAAGAAGUUCGAGCACAUCAUCGAGGAGCUCAAAAAAGGAAAAAUGCGCGUUGAGGACGUGGAAAGCGAGCUGGCUGUUCUGAACGAGCGGUUUGAGUAUUUUGGGCUUCCGAAGAGCGAGUUCACGGGAAUUCGCGGAACCAAGAAGCCUGUUCAGGAGAAAAAGGAGGACGUGGAGGUGAAGAGUUUCUUAUGA